AUGUCUUGGUUCCUGACCACACAACUCCUAGAAACGACGUUAAGAGAAGCUUCGAAAGGAGAAGAUAAGUCGAAUAUUUCAAUGGAUGACAUUCAGAAGCUUGCCGAUGUUCUUCAGCGAACUGAAGAGGAAAUGCUUCAACCACCAAAUGCAGAAACCUCUGAACUUGACGAGGGAGCAAUGUCCUCGGAGGUCAAGGAUACAAAAAGUGAGGUCACUGUGGUCGAUGAAAAGGAUGAAUCUCUCAUGGCGGAAGACCAAGCGCAAAAUGCAAGCGCAGGAGCAGAAAUCAUGGGCUCUCAAGCGGAAGGUCUUGUCACUACUAAAUCCAUUGAAUCUGAGAAUGCAAGCAAUGAAGUAUCCUCGCAAGAGGCAUCGACUUCUGAGCUUGCUGUCCAUCAGCAAGAAGGUGCAAAGUCUGGUAUUACCGAACCAGAUUCACCGACCGAAGCGACAGCAGAAGAGUCAGAAGCAGAACUUUCUGUGGAAUCAGCGAUCGAUUCUACAACUCAUGUCCAACCUGAAAUCGGCACUGCAGAGGAGAAGUCGAAUGCGGAAGUCGUCAAGGAAUCAAUAUUCGACGGUGAAACGAAUAAAAUUGCUGUAAGGGAAGGAGACACUCCUCGUGGCGAGGAAGAGGAAACCGACAACGGAUCUCUGCGGCCUGGCGCUGCCAGAAUCCCAGAUGUCAUUUCAACAACAUUUGGCCGUUCAUUGGAAGUAGUUUCGUCGGCCAUCCCACCACUGCGUGAUUCUUCUAUACCCAAAACUUCAGGCUGGGCACCAUCAAUACAAGCCCCUAAAAAAUCACGGGAUGAAACAACAGGAGAGAUUGAAUCAAAUACAGUUAUAGAGAGAUCGUCAUCUACCACCACCGCGGUGUCACUACAAAAUUCAUGGAGGGUACCCUUAGAAAAGAGUGGAACCGAAGAUGACAUUGAUCCUGAGUGUGCAGCAAAAGCGUUCGAGGAUCGAACGUUUUAUAAUGUUUCGCCAAAGGAAGAACAACCAAACAGGAUCGAAUCCACUGAUAACAAAGAAGAUGGUGUUGUGCACAACGAAAGUGUAGAGGUCAAGGAGGAAUGCAUAUCGACAAUAGGAGAACCAUCCACCUCCAAGAAGCUGAUACAUAUGGCUUCGAGAGUGACUCCAACACCAGAGGUAUCGCAAGAUGCACUUGGAGCGAAAUAUGCAGAAAUGACGUUGGAGGACAAAGCCUUCGAGAUUCUAAAAGACUUGGGAAUGAUUGAAAUUCAUGAGUUUUCGACUGAGGAGGAGCAAAGAAACGAUUCAGUAGUCGUUGACUCCACAAAAAGUGGUUUCGAAAUGAUAGAGGGCGUAUGCGACGAGGAGGAAGUGAUGCUGGCGAGAAAUACAGAAUUACCACAAUUGAAGAAUGAGACGCUUUCCAAGCGACAACGAUUCUUUCGUCCUAUUCAGAGAGUGCUAGAUAAGUCAAAAGAAAAGUUUGUUGUAAAGAGCGCUGCCACCACGGUGACACCGGAAGAUACAACAUUAUCUUUGUCGGAAGCCACUACGAGGGCUCGACGGCAGCCGAAAUCCGCUUCGGAAGAAGCAAUACUAGCAGAGAAGUAUGGUCAACUGUCGAUUGAAGAUCGUGCUUAUGCAAUUCUAUGCGAUCUAGGGAUGAUCGAAUCAAAUUAA